UUCGCCACCACAACCUCCACAUGCGCUCGGCUUCGACUGUGCGUCCGCACACCUACAAGCAAGGCCCUCCUUUCCCUCGCUUGCCCUCGCUGUCGCGCUGCUGCCCGCUGUCUGUCAGCUCACGCUACCGGCUACGGGAUAAGGCAAGGCUACUCGCUCAGUUGACAGUUGUUCCUUCUUCACCAUAGCAAAUUAGCGAUGGAUUCCUCCGGAGGCAUCCGCAACGGCGCCUUGGUCCUGCUGCUCGUCGUCGCGUCCUUGGUCGGCACGUCGCGUGCGAGGGAGGCGCCGCUGCCGCUGCCCGUGGCCGCGGUCGGCAGCCGGCGGGCGCCGGAGCGGCACGGGCUGUCGCUGGACUUCUACGCCAAGACGUGCCCCGCGGUCGACCAGAUCGUCGCCAACGUUACCGCCGCGCGGUUCCGGGACUACCCCGCCGCUGGACCCGCCGUGCUCCGCCUCUUCCACCACGACUGCUUCAUCGAAGGCUGUGACGCGUCCAUACUGAUCGCGCCAACGGCCAACACAGGAGGCGCGGGGGCGCGGCCACCCAAGGUGGAGCGGGACAUGGAGGAGAACAAGAACCUACCGCAGGAGGCGUUCGACACGGUGGAGAUGGCCAAGGCCGCCGUGGAGAGCAAGUGCCCCGGCAUUGUCUCCUGCGCCGACGUCCUCGCCCUCGCCGCCCGAGACUACGUCCAAUUGGCAGGUGGGCCGUACUACCCGGUGAAGAAGGGCCGGAAGGACAGUAAGGUGUCCCUGGCGGACAAGGUGCGCGGCAGCCUGCCCCGCGCCAACUCCACCGUCGACGAGCUCCUCCGCGUGUUCGCCGCCAAGGGCCUGAACCCCGGCGACCUGGUGGCGCUCUCGGGCGCGCACACCGUCGGGUUCGCGCACUGCGUCCACUUCCUGGCCCGCAUCUACGACUUCCGGGGCACGCGGCGGCCCGACCCGCUCAUGGACGCCGGGCUCGUGAAGGCGCUCCGCAUGUCGUGCCCCUCCACGGGCGGGAGCGCGCGCGUCGUGGUGCCCUUCGACGUGAGCACGCCGUUCCAGUUCGACCACGCGUACUACGCCAACCUGCCGGCCAGGCUGGGCCUGCUCGCGUCCGACCAGGCGCUGUUCCUGGACGCGAGGACCAGGCCGCUCGUGCAGGAGCUCGCCGCCGACAAGGCCCGGUUCUUCCAGGCCUUCGUGGCGAGCAUGGACCGGAUGGGGUCCAUCCGGAUCAAGAAGGGCAGGAAGGGCGAGGUCAGGAAAGUUUGUAGCCAACACCUGCUUUGACGGUCUCGGUUCAUCGGUUGGUCUCCAACUUGUAUUUGUACGUCGAACUGUGUCCGUCAACGUGGCAUAACAGGAAAAGAUAGCUCUUUUAAGUUCAUAUGUGGAACUAGCAUAGUUGGUUGGAGUUUAGAAGAGUUUUUUCUUUUGCUGUAUAGGCCAGUUUAGUUUGAGAGCUAGUAAGUUCAUUUUUUCCGUUGUGAUUGUGCAGGAAAUGUGUGUGCGUGCAGGUAGGCAAGUUAGCUCUCUCCUGUUGUUUGUUUUCCUCUCGGUUUGUUUCUUUGGGCGUGCCGGUUAAUUUGUACGAGCACGUCCCCCUGUGUGUCAGUGUGUGUGACAUUCCAUUUGUUUGAUUGGAUUGCAGAGGAGAGUCCGUGUGAUAUGAUCUCUUCCUCUGCCUCGGCAGCUCGCUGAUCGAGGUUAAACAAUGCUAGUCAUGU